AUUACACGCACGCAGACAUAAUUGAAUAGCGAUAACAUAAUGAUAUUGACAAUCCCUUUAUUUCUUUGUCUCGUUAUAUUCAUUUUUCAGUCCCGAAUAGAAGGCGGAAGAAUUAGUAAUUGGUUGUGGUAGUAAAGAAAGAAGAGAUCAUGCCGAUAGUCCCAUUUUUAUGAUCUAAGAAGAAGGGCUUCCUUCUUCCAAUUUCGAGAAAAAGCCCCAAAAACUUUGAGAAUUAUAUAAAGGCCAAGCGAAAUCCAGCCAUGGAGAAUGGAUAUGAUGGGAAACUGGCCGAUAAAUUCUCGGGUUUGAAGUUAGGGUUAGGGUUAGGGAUGGGCUCUUCCAUUGGAGAUCCUUCGUCCGAUGAUAACAUCAAUAAUCCCAACGAUAGUAGCUUGUUUCAGGUCAUGAAAGCCGUUGAAGCUGCCGAAGCCACCAUCAAGCAACAGGUCGACGAGAAUAGCCGAUUAAGGGCGGAGCUCCAACAUAAGAGUCUCCUCCUCCAGAAAUAUAAACUAGAUGACUCAGUGUCCCAAAGUUCUCAUUCUGGUGCUGGGCAUGGCCAUGGAUCUUAUGAGUCUCCCCCAUCAGUUCCCUUUGUUAAAAGUCAACAAGACAGGGAUAAGAGCAUGAACAACACUUCUGCUGUUAGCCUACCUGGCACAUUGGUUGUUCAUCAUGAUGUGAAGCCGAAUAAUGAUGUUACUACACAAAGUAACACAGAAGCCCACUCUGAUGCCAGCAAGAUCAACGGGACAGUUAAAUUACAUCCUGGUGGUCACCCACCGGUGGAUAAUGCUGGACUCUCUGCUUCAUCUACAACAUCAUUUUCUGCAGGAAGGUUCCAAAUGGAAGGAGAUUAUGAUCCCCGUUUCAAUUUGUCUGGACAAGUUUUGAUGCCGAUGGCUGAAGUAACUAAUUCUACUAGUCUCUGGAAGCAGGAUCUUACUUCUAAGAUUCGAGAGCAUGAAGAAGAGAUUAUGCAAUUACGGAAACACCUUGCUGAUUAUUCGAUAAAGGAGGCACAAAUACGCAAUGAAAAACAUGUUUUGGAAAAGAGAAUUGCUUAUAUGCGCCUGGCCUUUGAUCAGCAGCAACAAGACCUUGUUGAUGCUGCUUCUAAAGCUCUUUCAUACAGACAGGAUAUUAUUGAGGAAAACAUACGUCUUACAUAUGCAUUACAGGAUGCACAACAAGAAAGAUCAACAUUUGUUUCAUCAUUGUUGCCUCUUCUAGCGGAAUAUUCUCUGCAGCCACCUGUUCCUGAUGCCCAAUCAAUUGUCAGCAAUGUCAAGGUUCUGUUUAAACAUUUGCAGGAGAAGCUUUUCCUUACUGAGUCAAAGCUAAAGGAAUCUCAAUAUCAAUUGACCCCUUGGCGGUCAGAUGUCAAUAACUCAAAUAUUGCCCCACCUUCGCCAUCUCACUCCAUCAGUGCAGUGUUGGCACCUUCAAACAUGAGUGGGCUCGAAUUAGUUCCUCAGCUGAAUUACACCCAUGGAACUGGAAAAGAACCUGUCUUUAAUUCCGAUGCUCAGACAACUACAGAAUGGGAUCUACUGGUUCGACGUCAAAGUGGCACUGUUGGUAUUGCAGCAAAUCAUACGGAACCCGAUGACUUGGGGAGGUAUUCACCUCUUGCAAGCAGGACUUCUGUAGCUCAAGAUAUACCAACACAAAUACCAUUAAGUCAUGGUGAUGCAUAUGUUCCUCAGUAUACUGAAGAAUCCACCAAUAAACAGGUCACAUUUCGUGACCCUGUGAGCCACAGUGAGAUGGAUGAGCAAGGUGCUGAAGGAAGCCAGAAUGAGAGAGAAACAUCGGCUAAUUGGACUUCAGGAAACUCUCCUUACACGACUACACUUGAGGACCCCAGCUCCUCUUAUCCUUAUCUGCCACCAGUUUUAGAAGAACCUUCUUCCUCAUUUUCAGAGGCUGCAGAUGAUGACCCCUUACCGGCAAUAGAUGGCCUCCAGAUUUCAGGUGAGGCUUAUCCAGGACACGAGCUUCAAGCAUGUGGCUAUUCAAUCAAUGGAACAACCAGUUGCAAUUUUGAGUGGGUACGUCAUUUGGAAGAUGGAUCUGUUAAUUACAUUGAAGGAGCAAAGCAACCCAAUUAUCUUGUCACUGCGGAUGAUGUUGAUACAUACCUUGCUAUUGAAGUCCAACCUCUUGAUAACAGGAAGCGCAAGGGUGAGCUUGUAAAGGUUUUUGCCAAUGGGAAGGAAAAAAUCACUUGUGAUCCUGAUAUGCAAAACCAUAUAGAGAAGAUCCUUCAUAAUGGCCAUGCUUCUUACAAAGUCCUGUAUUCGAGUGGGUAUCUUGAUAUAUGGGAACCAGCUACAUUGGCAAUCAAGAGGGAUGCCUACAGUAUUAAGUCCAGUAGCGCCAAUGGUGUUGUACUUACAGAAAAGUUUUCGCCGUCCACAAUUGUUGCAAUUCCUUAUGGAAGCCUGGCAGAAUUCAAUAUAACUGGCCUUGGUGGUGUUGAGCAUCUAUUGAAAAUAGAUAACAAUGCAGACAUUAUUAGCUCUAGAGAUACAAUUGUGCUUGCCUUGAGAUUUUUCGUUCGUAGGGCUAGUGAAAGAAGAAAAGGAAAAGGAAAGAAAAGGGGUCUAUUCUUUUAGCAGAGCAAUUAUUUCUUCCAUCAAGAUGGUUCAUGUUGAGGGUCCACGCUCCCAUCGAGCAUUCAUUCAUGUGUGCUGUUUUGAGAUUUCCGCAUUAUUAUCAUAAGCAAGAAGGAUUUUGUGCUGCAAUUGUAAUCUUUUGCGACUAUUAGUUUUCUAUUUUAGGUACAUUCCCAUUCCCCUUCCCCUUCCCUUCUCUCCUUGAACUAACCUAGUAUCCAGCGGUCUUAACUGGUACGACUACAGCUACAUUAAGCUUGGAGAAAUGUUAUGACCGUCGUUAAAAAAAAAUAUAUUAAAAAAGAUGUAUAAUUUUUUUUUUCUUAAAUGUCUUCAGCAAUAAAAAUAUGAUUUCUAAAGAUAAUAAUAUAGAAUAAGGGUGUAGGUAUUUGGGGAAUAGGUCCUUUGGCGCAACGUGGAUAAUUUUAUUUGUCAUUAAUAUAAUUUAUGUAUCGAUUAUGAAUGUGCAUUAUUGCCCAUGUAAUGUAAAAUAGACGUAUAGUUUCAAAAUACAGAAAUGCAUUCCAAUGGUUUCUCUA